AUGCAAUCGAUCAUGCAUCAUCUAAGGUUCUCCGCUCUACUAACGUCGCUACUAUAUGCGACUGGGAUCCUUGCUAGCCAAGAUCCCAAUGACGUCUCUGUCUUGAUCAAAGAGGCCGCGCGCGCCAACAACGAGUCGCUGCUAUGGGGUCCCUACAAACCAAACCUCUACUUUGGAGUGCGACCUCGCAUUGCGAACAGUCUGGCUGCAGGAUUGAUGUGGGCCAAGGUCGACGACUUCGGUACAGUUCAGCAGAACUUUAGGCACACCUGCGAGCAGAAUGAGGGCAUGGCUGGAUAUGGCUGGGACGAAUACGAUAUCCGAAAGGGUGGACGUGAGACAAUUCACGACGCUGGCAAUACUCUAGACCUUACGAUCGAUUUCAUCAAGGUGCCUGGUGGCCAACAUGGAGGCAGCUGGGGCUUCCGUGUGAAGGGUGUUCCUCGCGAGGAUGGUAGCCCGGACCAGCCCGUCUCGGUGGUCUUCUAUACUACUCUCGAAGGACUGGGCCAGCUUGGUGUGGACAUGGACACCGUGUCCGAAGGCGCACCGCUGGAGGGCGACUUGAGGUUCAAUGGUUACUCUUCAGAACUGGGUGACUUCACCAUUGAUGUCACCGACGGCCCGAGCAGCAACGAGUACUUUGAGGUCAAUCGCCCCAGUGACGAGAGCAAGCCAUUGGGCCACGGUCUUGUGUCUAGCGCAACUAUGCCGCAGCAGCAUCUCUGGCAAGCUAAAGGCAUUCUGUUUACGCAGAUGAAGGGCGAGGUUGAUGAGGCCAUUAAGGAGCUUGGACCUGAUAACCCGCCGCACCCAGCCCAGCUGUUCACUAUCAAACAUGCGCCUGGAGAUGGCAAUGUCCACCUUGUUCAGAAGGUCUUCAAGGGUCCCUUUGAGUUCGACGUCCUCUUUUCCUCUGGUUCCGCCCCUAAGCCUCUGACUUCGGAGACUAUUACCGAGGAACUCAAGGAUGCUUCUCUCUCUUUCUCUGAGAGGCACAAGGAAGUCCUCGCCCCCAAGGCGCCCUUUGACCUUGAUGACGAGUUUUCUACCUUCUCCAGGGCCAUGCUUUCCAACCUGGUCGGUGGUAUUGGAUUCUUCCACGGUGACGACGUUGUUGACCGCUCUGGCUCUCCAGCAUAUGAUGAGGAGAAUGAAGGCUUUUGGGAGGAGACUGCCGAGGCUCGCGCAGCAGCUCAGCCAGUUAUGGAGGGAGCCAAGGAUCUCUUUACUUGCGUUCCUUCCCGGCCGUUCUUCCCAAGAGGUUUCCUCUGGGAUGAGGGUUUCCACCUGAUGCCUGUAAUGGAAUAUGACUCCGACCUUGCGCUUGAGAUCAUCAAGAGCUGGUUCCAUUUGAUGGAUGAGGAUGGAUGGAUUGCCCGUGAGCAGAUUUUGGGACAGGAAGCUCGUAGCAAGGUUCCCGCGGAGUUCACUGUCCAGUAUCCCCACUACGCUAACCCGCCCACCCUGUUCAUGGCUUUGGAAGCCUUCAUGGACAAGGCGAAGAGCAACAAAAGCGUCCAGUCCGAGAGCUUGGAUAACAACGAUCCCGCCGAGAGCCUGCGCUCUGCUACCCUGCGAAACCCAGAAUUGGCCAAUGGCUAUCUGCGCUCUUUCUACCCUCUGAUGAAGAGACACUACUCGUGGUACCGUAGCACUCAGCGCGGAGACAUCAAGUCAUAUGAUCGUGAGGCCUUUUCUAGCAAGGAAGGCUACCGCUGGCGUGGACGUUCCGUGCAACACAUCCUGACUUCUGGCAUUGACGAUUACCCCCGUCCCCAGCCACCGCACCCCGGUGAGCUGCAUGUGGAUCUCAUCAGCUGGAUGGGCAUGAUGACCCGCACUCUACGCCGCAUUGCGGAAUACUUGGGUGAGGUGGAAGAUGCCGAGGAGUUUGCUUACUAUGAGAAUGCCAUUACCCGGAACAUUGAUGACCUGCACUGGGACGAGAAGGAGCAGACUUUCUGUGAUGCGACCAUCGAUGAGUAUGAGGAGAGCGUUCAUGUCUGCCACAAGGGCUACAUCUCUAUCUUCCCCUUCCUUACCGGCAUGCUGGGCCCCGACAGCCCUCAUCUGAAGGCUGUUUUGGACCUGAUCAACGAUCCCGAGGAGUUGUGGAGCGACUACGGUAUUCGCAGUCUGAGCAAGAAGGACCAAUACUACGGCACGGAAGAGAACUACUGGCGAAGCCCUGUUUGGAUGCCUAUCAACUACUUGGUGCUGAAGAACCUAUAUGUAAGUCGGAUCUCCCUCCAUGCAGCAUUCUUCCAUAUCAUGCUAACGCUCGCCUUUCUGCAGGACACCGCUCUUGUCUCCGGCCCUCACCAGGAGCAGGCCCGGGAGAUGUACUCGAAGCUGCGGAAGAACUUGGUCGAGAACAUUUUCCGUGAGUGGAAGAGCACUGGAUUUGCCUGGGAACAGUAUAACCCCGAGACGGGCAAGGGACAGCGCACUCAGCACUUUACUGGCUGGACCAGUCUGGUGGUGAACGUGAUGUCCAUGCCGGAUCUGCCUGAGAGCAAACAGACCUCUCACGAUGAGCUGUGA